CAAAGCAUUUCGCACCAGGCGUUCAGACAUUGCAGUCGUUCACUCGCAGCCAGUGAAGUUUUUACUGCGCAACAAACAACGCCAUUGAGUCAAAAUCGUCGUCGGUAUUGCGCUGUACUCUUGCCGCUAUUCACAGUUAGUUGUGCGGCCGGCGCUGAACCGAAAGUGGCGAAGUCCCAGUACUCCACAACUGCCCUCGACAUGUCGACAGGUGAUUAUAAGAACGCGUCGACCAUUUACGAAUUCAGCGUUAAGGAUACGCAUGGUAAUGACGUAGCGCUCGAGAAGUAUCGCGGAAAGGUUGUGCUCAUUGUGAACAUUGCCUCCAAGUGUGGAUUAACCAAAAACAACUACCAGAAACUUACCGACCUGAAGGAAAAGUAUGGUGAGCGUGGAUUGCAAAUUUUGAAUUUCCCAUGCAAUCAGUUUGGCUCACAAAUGCCCGAGGCUGAUGGUGAGGCUAUGGUUUGCCAUCUCCGUGAUGCCAAGGCUGAUAUCGGCGAGGUGUUUGCAAAGAUCGAUGUGAAUGGGGAUAAAGCUGACCCGCUCUAUAAGUUCUUAAAGGCUAAGCAAACUGGGACUUUGGGCAGCGGCAUUAAAUGGAACUUCACCAAGUUUCUGAUCAACAAGGAUGGCGUGCCGGUCGACCGUUAUGCGCCCACCACUGAUCCCAUGGACAUUGGCAAAGACAUCGAGAAGCUGCUUUAGAUAGCAUCUAUCGCACACUCUAGUUUUAGACUCGUGCUUUAUGAUAUGCAUUUUUGUGCAUCAUGCAAAAGGAAUAUUUAUCUUAUGGCGUUCUAGCAUUAAGCUUGGUAUGAAGACUAUAUCUUAUAAACUAGUCGUGUAGCCUAGCAAACAUA